CUUAUAGUAUUCCAUUCACAACUUUAUCCUUCAUAGAUUUGCUUUGAUAUUAAAGAGAAUUGAAAUGGCAACAGAAGGUAACUUAGUAGUGCAUUCUAAGAAGGCUUUUGGUUGGGCAGCUAGAGAUCCUACUGGUGUUCUCUCACCUUUCAAUUUCUUUCGAAGGGAAACAGGUGAGAAAGAUGUAGCAUUCAAGGUGUUGUAUUGUGGGAUAUGUCACUCUGACCUUCAUAUGACAAAGAAUGAAUGGGGCAAUUCUAUCUAUCCACUAGUUCCUGGACACGAGCUUGUGGGUGUAGUAACAGAGGUUGGAAGCAAAGUAGAAAAAUUUAAAGUUGGAGAGAAAGUAGGUGUGGGCUACAUGAUUGAUUCAUGUCGUUCGUGCCAAAAUUGUGACGAUGACCUUGAAAAUUAUUGCCCCAAAUUUACUGUCACAUUUAGUGACAAAUAUCGCGAUGGCACCGUCACAUACGGAGGUUACUCCGACUCAAUGGUUGCAGACGAACACUUUGUGAUUCGUAUUCCUGAUAGUUUACCUCUUGAUGUUGCUGCUCCUCUCCUUUGUGCUGGAAUCACAGUGUAUAGUCCUCUUAGAUAUUACGGACUCGACAAACCUGGUCUACAUGUAGGUGUUGUUGGUCUUGGUGGGCUUGGUCAUUUGGCUGUAAAAUUUGCCAAAGCUUUGGGUGUUAAUGUGACUGUAAUUAGUACUUCGCCUAACAAAGAAAAUGAAGCAAUAGAACACUUAGGAGCUGACUCAUUUCUGAUAAGCCGCGACCCAAAUCAGAUGAAGGAUGCAAUGGGUACUUUUGACGGUAUUAUUGACACAGUUUCAGCAGAUCAUUCUCUGUUACCUUUGAUUGGUUUACUCAAGUCACAUGGAAAGCUUCUAAUGGUUGGUAUACCAGAAAAGCCUCUAGAGCUUCCUGCUUUUCCUUUACUUGCAGGGAGGAAGAUAAUAGGCGGAAGUUUAAUUGGAGGAAUAAAGGAGACACAAGAAAUGAUUGAUUUUGCGACAAAACACAAUGUAGUGCCCGAUAUUGAAGUUGUCCCGAUUGAUUAUGUUAACCCAGCAAUGGAACGCCUCCUUAAAGGAGAUGUGAAAUAUCGAUUCGUGAUUGAUAUUGGCAACACAUUAAAACCAAGCUCUUGAAUUAUGCAGGAUAUUCAAAUAUUUCAGAGAAUAAUUCAGUGUUAAAUAAUAAUAAUAAUAAUAAUAAUAAUAAUAAUAAUAAUAAUAAUAAUAAUAAUAAUAAUAAUAAUAAUAAUAAUAAUAAUAAUAGUUUAGUUUAUAGCAUUCAGUGUGUCAUUUGCUAAGGAGAUUUUAUAUUUGCAUCUUUAUUAUAUUGU